UUGCCGUCAGCGCGUUAAGUGAUAAACAAAGCAUAAAAUAAAAAUACAAAUAAUCAAUUAAAUGCAUAUAAAAAUAAUGAAGCCCUAGGCUGUUGCGUUUGGCUAUUCGACAAAAGAAAUUAUUAUCUCUGCUGCCCGCGUGUGUUAGUGUUUGUGUUUAUUUCUGUGUGUGUGCGUGCGUGCGGGUGUUUGUAGCCUUUGUUUGUGCUCGUUUCCUAUUCUCUCGCUCUUUAUGUCGGUGUCAAGCUUCGCUUAUCAGCGGCGGCGCUAUAAGCUCAAGCUAGCUGCAGUCUACAAACAACAGUAAUAAUAGUAAAGCUCAAGCUACAAUAACAACAACCACAACAACAACAAUUAGGCAACGUGACUAAUGCACUGCACAAACGCAGCGUCGACGUCAGCUUCCUCUGCCAACACUACACCAACAAUGGCUACAACUACAACUACAGCUAAAGAUGGCGUCACCAUGCGCGAGAAAAAAGGCGGCGCACUGCAGAAGCUCAAGAAGCGGCUAUCGCAUAGCUUUGGCCGACUAACAAUUUCUCGCGAGGAUGGCGAUGAGUCUACGCAUCAUCAUCAUCAUCACAAUCAUCAUAGGGGCGGUGGGUCGCAUCAUAAUCACGGUAAUAAAGUUCCAUACAAUGGCUACAAUUCGGAGGAGUAUUUGGAUCGUCUGGAGCCCAAUGGCAAUAUACCCGCUGAUAAAACAAAUUGCAGAUAUGGCGCACAAGAAUCUGCGAAAAAUGAUAAUAAUAAAUCACAAGACUGGCGCAGCACAGACAGCACCGACCAUCAUGAUCGCGUACAGCGACAAUUGUCCGUCUCCUCGGACAGCAAACUCUUGGACGAGGACAUUAGAGAGGAAAUGAAAUACCAUUCGCAUGUUGUUAUGCGACCCAAGAAGCCGCCCAGACCCAAAUCCGAAGUAUUUCUCAAUAAACAGGAUCCACAUCCGCGACGCAAACGUUUCAGUGCGUUUGGCGGCGACUCACCAUUUGGCAAGCAGGAGGCGUAUGUGAAACUGGAACCGCUGGGCGAAGGCUCCUAUGCGACAGUCUACAAAGGAUUUAGCAAAUUAACCUACCAGCGAGUUGCACUGAAGGAGAUACGACUGCAGGAGGAGGAGGGCGCACCGUUUACGGCCAUACGCGAGGCCUCGCUGCUCAAAGAACUGAAACACAGCAACAUUGUGACGUUGCACGAUAUUGUGCACACACGCGAAACACUCACAUUUGUAUUUGAAUAUGUGAAUACCGAUUUAUCACAAUAUAUGGAAAAGCAUCCGGGCGGACUGGACCAUCGCAAUGUGCGUCUGUUCCUCUUCCAGCUACUGCGCGGCCUCUCCUACUGCCACAAGCGUCGCGUGCUGCAUCGCGAUGUGAAGCCACAGAAUCUGCUCAUCAGCGAUUGUGGUGAACUGAAGCUUGCCGAUUUUGGUUUGGCUCGCGCCAAAAGCGUGCCCAGUCACACCUAUUCACAUGAGGUGGUGACGUUAUGGUACCGUCCACCAGAUGUCCUGCUGGGCAGCACUGAGUAUUCAACAUCGUUGGAUAUGUGGGGCGUCGGCUGCAUAUUUGUGGAAAUGGUCACUGGCAUGCCAACAUUUCCCGGCAUACGUGAUACCUACGAUCAGCUGGAUAAGAUAUUCAAAUUGCUUGGCACGCCCACCGAGGACACGUGGCCAGGCGUUACACAUUUUCCCGGCUACAAACCACACAAGCUUGGUUUCUAUCGACCACGCAAACUGGGUCACAAUUUUCCACGGCUGUACGACAUUAUUGAGGGUGAAACGAUAGCGAACGCCUUUCUGCAAUUGAAUCCCGAGCAGCGCAUUGGCGCCGAUGAGGCACUGCAGCAUCCCUACUUUGCGCAAUUGCCAAAGAAACUCUACGAAUUGCCAGACGAAACCUCAAUAUUUACCGUGGAAGGUGUGCAGCUGUAUACGGAACCAAAUCGACAGAAUAAAUGAAAAUUAAAGCAGGUCCUCUCAGUGGAUGGCGUACGUUUCUAUUGUUAACAACAACAAGCAACAAACAACUACAACAACAACAAUAAAUCCACAACUCUGGAGUAAAAACUACAAUUGGCAGCCAUUAUAAUUAUAUGAGCAACUAGUUUAAUUAAUCACUGUGCUCGGUUCGAUUUCAAAUUUAUUGCUGCUGCGUCGGCAGCAUUUUCUUUUCUUAAUAUCAUUAAUGCAGUCAAAUUUGUGCCUGGACCUUAGUUAGUUUAAGUCAUAAUGAUAACGAUUUAGCGCAUACUCAGCUUAGUCAAAUAACGCGCCCAGACUACAAUUUUUUUAAUUUUAAAAUUAAUUAUUUGCCUCUGCUACAAAAGAAUUUUGUAAAU